CGUGCGAGGAGGCCCAAGUGAAAGAAUUCCUCCGACUACACGAUGGAGUCAAAGCAGCCGGCGAAGCUCACUUAUCGAUUCGCCACUACAAAGCCAACCGCAGCUCAUGAGCGACGCAAAACUGAUCACCAGCAACCAGCUCGCACCUUCGAGCUGCGAGAUUCGCAACAUCAACGCGUGCAGUACUCAAGCGAUGGCGUCCCCGCCAAGCUUCGCGUCGCGCAUGAUUCGAUUGAUCUUCAAGCGCAAGCAACGCUGUGAGGACCAGCGACCCAAGUCAUGGCCAGGGCCAGGAUAUUCAAAACCCGCUCCCGUGCCGGUACCGACGGCCACCAGAAGGCAGCCUAGCGCCACCAUCGCAAUUCCAAGCUGUCUCGCUACUUCGGCCCCAUCUAAAGUGCCUACAGUGUACACGAGACUUGAGCAUGCCCACAAGCGCCUAACGGACGACAGCAGUGGUAAAGCCUCGUGGCGGCAACGCCAGACUCGCUGCGCAAACUGUGGGGGUCUCUUCUUCAAGACGAUGUCGAUGCUGAGCAGCGCUGCCGGCCGAUUCUGUUCCCUAGACUGCAAAGCCAAUCUCGAAUAUUUGACUCAAAUCGAGGAAGCGAUGGACGUGGAGAUGCUGGGGAUUAAUGCAGCCAGUAGCAGGGUUUUAUAUGUUGGAGAUAGCAGCUUCACCGAUGAAGCGCCGUCGUUCUGACAGCCUUCAGAUAAUUGGGAUAAAAAAUACAAGUUGAAG